AACCUCACAUUUCUCUCUAACUGACCUGGCGCUGAACCGCCGAGCGGACAGACAGGUAAAAGCGUUCAUAUCAAAUGUGGAGCGUGGACCAGAGACAAUAUCAGAGUAAAAGACACAAAAAGAAGACAAACUAGAAAAGUGAAACCACUCUGUGGACCCUGGCAGACUGAAGUGAUGUUGGUAAUGACACUAAUGAUGCUGCUGAUCGUUACGAUAAAGACGGCAGCAGCCUCGGCGCGCGGCUCUGAAAUGGACAUUAGACCUGGAUUUCAUCCCAGUUUGGCCAAACAAACCUCGUGCCCGUCUUGCCAGGUCAUGUUUGGAGUCACGGCGUUUCCCUCCAACAUCUCCAGCUCCCAGUGCCUGGAAGUUAAGCAGACGCAGAUCAGAGAGAUUCAGCAGGGCGCCCUCUCCAGCCUCCAGCACCUAAUGGAACUGACCAUAUCCGAGAACGACAUGCUGGAGAGUAUCGGUGCUUUUGCCUUUUCUGGCCUCCCUCAGCUCACCAAAAUUUUAAUAUCUAAAAAUGCUGCUCUGAGGAAUAUCGGGGCUUUUGCUUUCUCCGACCUCCCUGAACUCAGUGAGAUAAUCAUAACAAAGUCAAAACACCUGAGUUCCAUCCACCCCGAUGCAUUCAGGAACAUGGCAAGACUACGGUUCUUACGGCUCACCAGAAAUGGCAUCAAGGAGGUGGCAAGUGACGCCUUCAACGGAACAAAGAUGCACAGAUUGUUCCUAAGAGGCAACCGACAGCUUACUCACAUCAGUCCCAGUGCCUUUGUGGGUUCCAGUGAGUUGGUGGUACUAGACAUCUCCGAAACAGCCCUCGCCUCUUUGCCAGACUCGAUCCUUGGAGGCCUCAAGAGGCUGAUCGCCGAGUCAGCCUUCAACCUGAAAGAACUUCCUCCUCUUCAGCUCUUUACCAAACUACGCCAGGCAAAGCUGACAUACCCAUCACACUGCUGCGCCUUCCUGAACAUGCACCGAAACAGAUCGGGAUGGCACUCACUGUGCGACAACCCCGAGGCUAAAAAUAACCUGCACUUCUUCAGGGAACACUGCUCCAACUCCACCUCCAUCACCUGCAGCCCAGCCCCUGAUGACUUCAACCCCUGUGAAGAUAUAAUGUCUGCUGCCCCCUUACGCAUCCUCAUCUGGAUCAUCUCUGUCCUUGCCCUGCUGGGCAACACAGUAGUUCUCCUUGUAUUGUUAGGCAGCCGCUAUAAGCUGACUGUUCCUCGAUUCCUCAUGUGCCACCUGGCCUUUGCUGACCUCUGCAUGGGCAUCUACCUGGUAGUCAUUGCAACCGUGGAUAUGCUCACACGUGGACGGUACUACAACUAUGCUAUAGACUGGCAGAUGGGCUUGGGCUGCAAUGCUGCAGGCUUCUUCACGGUGUUUGCCAGUGAGCUGUCAGUGUUUACCUUAACAGCAAUCACCGUGGAGCGCUGGCACACCAUCACGCAUGCUCUGCGACUUGACCGCAAACUUCGCCUGAGACACGCUUGCAUCAUCAUGACAAUAGGCUGGAUCUUCUCCUUGCUGGCUGCACUGCUGCCCACAGUUGGGAUCAGCAGCUAUGGCAAAGUGAGCAUCUGCCUCCCCAUGGAUGUUGAGUCCCUGGUCUCCCAGUUCUACGUGGUCUGUCUUCUCCUCCUCAACAUCUUGGCGUUCUUCUGUGUAUGCGGCUGCUACCUCAGCAUCUACCUCACCUUUCGCAAGCCUUCAUCAGCGCCAGCCCACGCCGACACCCGUGUGGCUCAACGCAUGGCCGUCCUCAUCUUCACAGACUUCAUCUGCAUGGCUCCGAUCUCUUUCUUCGCCAUCUCAGCUGCCCUCAAGCUGCCUCUCAUCACCAUCUCAGACUCCAAGCUACUGUUGGUGCUAUUCUACCCCAUCAACUCAUGCUCCAACCCCUUCUUAUAUGCCUUUUUCACCCGUAACUUCAGAAGGGAUUUCUUUCUCCUCGCAGCUCGCUUCGGGCUGUUUAAGACUCGAGCGCAGAUUUACCGGACAGAGAGUUCCUCGUGUCAGCAGCCAGCGUGGACCUCUCCAAAGAAUAGCCGUGUUAUCUUGUAUUCCUUGGCCAAUACGCUAAGUCUAGAUGGAAAACAAGAGUGCUGACUUUUACCCACAUUUACAGGUAUGGACUUUUUGCCUUGAUUGCAUAUUAUAUCGAUACAAACAGGCUGCUAAUUCCUUAAAAUGAUGCCUCAGAUCAUGAAUUUUGAUUACUACCUGGGAAAUUUUUUCUGUCUUCUUAGACCAGAAAGAUCUAAGAAAAAACACAAAAUUCAACCAAGUGAAAGGCAAAAGAGCUGAGAACUCAUUUUUGACAAUUUGACCCAGGAGUCUGCAAAACACAGUGAUUGUUAAAAUAAACAAUGCUCUUGCUCUUG